UGCCAGGACCACCAGCGCUGGGUGUCUGGGUGCAGUGUGGCGCUGCGAGGCCGCUCCCCUCCGUCCCUCCCUUCUCCUCCCGGAGCGGUCCCCCGCUGCUGUCCCCCCGCUGGCCUCACCCUGGGGGAGCGGGGACGGGGCCUCAUCCCAGCCAAGGGAUGGGGAAACUGAGGCAGGCGCUGGCUGCUCCCUCCCCCGCUGGCUGGAGCUCUGCCGUACGGUCCCGCAGGCGCCGGGGUGAGCUCAGAGCCUCAUCCCCCAUCACCAUCCCCAGGCGCUGCAAGGGCAAGGCCGGUCACCGCCAGCGUGUCCGGCAGGGAAGGGGUGCGGGUGGCUCGGGCUAAGGAAAUGGGAGAGACCUGGCCAGACUCCCACUCUCCUCCUCCUGCAGCCCCACCUCCCCGCUCCCGCUUAACUCCCCGCCAGGCCAGCCGUGGGGCCACCAUUCCUGUCCCCAUCCCUGUCCCCACGCUUAACUCCCUGCCAGGCAAGCCGUGGGGCCACCAUCCCCUUCCCCAUCCCUGUCCCGAUGAUGCUCCGGCUGCUGCUGCUCUGCGGAGCCCUGGGCUGCGGGGCAGACCAGGCGGCCCCGCUCACCUUCACCAUGCUGCAAUGGACCCGCGUCUACAAAGGCAACUCCAUCUUCUGGGGGAACGCCAGCCUGGACGGGCGGCUCAGCCACCUCCUGGAGGGGCUUAAUGUCACCCAGGUGCUGCCGCUGGAGCCCCCGGAGACCUGGGCCAGGCGGCGGCAGGAUGUGAACACCUACCUGCUCUACUUCAGGCAGCUGGUGCAGCUCUUCAGCAAGGAGAGGCCCAUCAACUACACCCAGAGCCUGUGCUGCCGCCUGGGCUGCCAGCUCUUCCCCAAUGGCACAGCCCACAGCUUCUACGAGGUGACCCUCAACGGGACGGCUUUCCUCAGCUUCCACGUCCCCAACGCCACCUGGGAGCGGCGCUGGCCCGGCGGCGAUGCCGUGGCUGCCUACGCUGAGGGGGAGCUGAUGAAGUGGCCCAAGACCACCCAGGACCUCCAGCAUUUCCUCAACACCACCUGCGUGGACAUCCUACGGGCUCAGAGCGCCGGGACGGGAAAACAGAGCAGCCGGUCGCACGCCCCGCUGGUGCUGGGCCUGAUCCUGGGCACCGUCGCCUUGCUGGGCAUGGCCGUGGGCAUCUUCUUGUGCACAGGAGGGAGAUGCUAGCGGAGCCGGCAGCCGUCCCAUGUCACCGCGUGGAGGCCGGGGACGGACCCAUCGUCACCCUGUGGAGGCCGGGGAUGGACCCAUCGUCACCCCGGGGAGGCAGGGACCCAGCCCAUGCCCCGCAAGGGACAUACCUCCUCGGCGCCACAGGCUUUGCUCCCAAAGGACACCGCACCGGUGGCUUCCCUGCCCGGUCCCCGCUGGGUUGACCCCCCCAAGCAGCGGCACCCUGCCCCAGGGACGGUCCCCACGCCGGGCUGGCACGGAGCGCUGAGACUUAAUGCUUGGCACAGACAGAAAAAAAUGGGGAAGAAGGGUGGUGGUGGGGGCAAUUGGCAGGAGAAAGAACCACGAAAGAGUUAAAAGGAUGGCACUGAAACGCUGUUUUCUCCCUGUUGCAGUGGGGAGAAAUGCCCGGGAGGGAGGAUGUCACAUCUUUGUGGCACUGCUUGGAGAUGGCCUGUAAUAAAACCACCCGUCAGUUCUCCUACCCCACUCGGAUGCUCUCAUUUCCCACCAGCAGCGCCCCUGUGGGGCUGCAGAUCCAUCAUGGGACUGCAGAUCUACCAUGGGGCUACAGAUCCACUGCAGGGCUGCAGAUCUACGAUGGGGCUGCAGAUCCACCGUGGGGCUGUAGAUCCACUGUGGGGCUACAGAUCCAUCGUGGGGCUGCAGAUCUACCAUGGGGCUACAGAUCCAUCGUGGGGCUGCAGAUCUACC